AUGGGCAUCGAAGAAUUCCAGGUCGCAAUGACCAACAGGUCGUUACGAACCAUCAAGACUGAACUCGAAUUCCUCGUCGAUAAUGCCCUCAUCACACCGCAGCAGCUGAACACGAUCCUCUCUCAGCUCCCCUCCCAGGCCCCUCUUAAUGCCGCCUCACCAACGGCUCAAGAAGUCCCCACGACAGCAAUGAACACCCUCCAACUCAACCAUACCAACCCCUACGAACACGAGAAAGAGCGCGCCCCAAGCACAGGCUACUACUCCGUCACUCCCGCCGUCCCUCCACCAGCCUACCCCAGCGCCCCACCCGCGCCCACCGCCCUUGCCUACGCUUCCGCCCUCUACCAGUAUAACCCCACAGACGCCGGGGAUCUCGCGCUCCUCCCUAACGACCGCGUGGUGGUGACGGAGUACAUGAAUUCGGAAUGGUGGAAAGGCCGGAAUGAGCGGACGGCUCAGGAAGGCAUCUUUCCGAGGAGCUAUGUCAAGGUCACAGAAGAGAAACUGCCAAUGGUGGCGUCUACGACUACGGCAUCUGGGUAUGGGAAUGCGCCGCUUGAAGUCAGUCAGGGAGAUGGGCAGCCGAGCAAGGGACAGGAGAUGGGAAAGAAGUUUGGGAAGAAGUUGGGGAAUGCGGCGAUUUUUGGGGCUGGGGCGACUAUUGGGAGCAAUAUCGUCAAUGGCAUCUUCUAA